AUGACAACUCUGAAACAAGUUCCUCUUACAUGUGGUGGCCAUACGAGACCAGUUGUGCAUUUGGAUUUUAGUGACGUUACAAAAGAUGGAUAUUAUUUGAUUUCUGCCUGCAAAGAUGGCAAGCCCAUGUUGCGACAAGGUGAGACUGGUGAUUGGAUCGGAACUUUUGAGGGUCAUAAAGGCGCUGUGUGGGGGGUAGCUUUGACGCAGAACGCAAACUUAGCAGCAAGCGGCGCGGCCGACUUUUCAGCGAAAUUGUGGGACGCGCGGUACGGUGACGUGGUCCAGACGUUUGACCACGAGCACAUAGUUAAAAGCGUGAACUUCAACGCCGACGACACUAUGCUGCUGACGGCCAGCAACGAGAAACUGAUACGGGUUUUCGACCUCAACAAACCGGAGGCGGGGGCGAUAGAGAAGAUAAGUGCGCAUACGAGCAGUAUAAGGCACGCGGUGUUCCUGCACAAUUCGCGCAUCGUGAGCGUUAGCGACGACCUCACGAUGCGCGUCUGGGAUCGAAACAGCGGUCAGGAGGUGAACAAAAUAGAAUUCCCGACGAUUCCGAACAGUUUGGAACUAUCCAGGGACGGAGCGAUACUGACAGUGGCACACGGCACGAACGUGUCAUUCUACUCGUCUGACACGAUGCGCAAGAUGCGCGAGUUCCCGGUGCCCACCAAGUGCCUCUCCGCGUCGCUGGCGCCGAGCCGCGCCACCUUCGUCUGCGGCGGCGAGGACCUGAAGGUCUACAAGUUCGACUACAACACCGGCACGGAGCUGGAGUCGAACAAGGGCCACUUCGGGCCGGUGCACAUCGUGCGGUGGUCGCCGGACGGCGAGCUGUACGCGACCGGCUCCGAGGACGGCACGGUGCGUCUGUGGCAGGGCGUGCCCGGCCGCGUGUACGGCCUGUGGCGCCGCAGCCAGGAGGUCGCGCCCCUCGCCAACGGCUACAAGGAGCUCGCCGCCAAC